UUGACCUUCCUAUCUUUUAUCGCUCAUCAUUCAGCAGCUCAUUAUGCGGCCAGAGCAGCGACUCCCGGCGGGAUCGUUUUCAGACCCGCCAGGUUAACGGUCCCCGGGGUGCCGUCAGCACGGAUUUCGGACUGUUGGGCUUUCACCUUUGCCAACCCGACCUUCCAGAUGGAGAAGCCGCUUGACUGCAGCCGUGAAAACCAAAACAUCCUCUUAGGCAGUCAAAAAACCUUCGGUGUCGCCUGGAGCAGCAUUGAACCAGCGGCAGCAGCAGCAACAGCCACGGCCGUAAAGCCUGUUGACCAGCAGCCGAAGCAGACCUCACAGGUUGUCCAACCCCGCUAUGUGACUUGCUACUAUGAUCCGCUAUACAUGCCAGUGUAA